UAUGGACGUCUUCACACCUUCUGUUCGCACUGCGUAUUGCAAUUACAGCUGUACUCGGACCCUUCCGGAAAUUUUCACCAGAGCGGAAGGCAUCCACGUGACCCACCCGUCUCCCCACAUGGACCGAGUCUCAUUGAAUGCCGACCACGGCUCAGCGCAUGGAAUUUUAUGAGAUCAUUCAGCAGUUCGUGCUCGAAUCUCCCAUGCUCACGACUGCCGUGCGAUACACUUUGAUCCGACGGGAACCCGGGUGAUGUUCGAUAUCCCACAAUGAGUGUAUACCUCCUACCCAGACCUUCCUUGACCCGGGCCUCGUCUGCCCUGCUCUUGCGCCCUGGAUUUCCCCGCACGGUCGAGUUGACGCGGUGCUAUGCGACUCACGGCGAUCUCGGGGGAGGCUCAGGGCCAAGCUCGACCCCGAGACGGAGAAAUGUGACCGUGCUAUCCGAUGAUGGGCGAUAUGAAUGGGGAGAACUGUCGGGCCGGGAAAAGGUUGCGCGCGCUACCCAACAGUCGUUCAACUUUGUGAUCAUAUUGGUUGGUGCGGCGUUGACGGGUGGUGUAGGUUACUUGCUUUACUCAGAGGUUUUCUCCCCGAAUAGCCGGACAUGGCAGUACGAAAAGGCCGUUGAGCGCAUCUUGGACGACACUCGCUGUACGGACAUUCUGGGAGACAGAAGGGAAAUCAAGGCAUAUGGAGAAAGCACUUCGAAUAAAUGGGCGCGGAAUCGUCCUAUUGCAACCUCCAUCGAGAAGGAUCGUUUAGGUCGCGAACAUAUGAGAAUGAACUUCCAUGUUGAGGGGCCACGUAACCAAGGAAUUGUACACGUCCACAUGAUUAAGCCACUUGAUAAGAACGAGUGGGAAUAUCAGCUUCUCGCAUUGGAUGUUAAGGGUCACUCUCGAGUCAUCCUUGAGCAAGCUCGCGAGAAGCCUGGAGUCGGACAAGCAUUGAAGAUAUUUGGCAUACAGUGGCGAUAGACCAAGCCCUUGUCAAAAUACAAUAUCUGUGCUUUGCCAGGCAACCUUGACAUAUAUUAGUCCUCUUUUACACUGGCUGGCCAAUACCAGAAGUGCGUGCUAGAUAUUGCCGCCUUCAGCCGA